AUGAGGGUCAGGUUUGUUGUUUAUACUAGGGGGAAGUGGGAUUUGAUUAACGGAAACAUUGAGUAUGUUACUGGUGUCGAUUCAAGGAGACGUGGUUUAGAAAUUGAAACAGAUCAUUCAUAUAAUAGUUUUUUAAACUAUGUUUCUAAGAUGUGUGAUACUCCAAACAUUACACGGUUGUCAUACCGGAUGUCUACGUUUACUGAUCCGAUCGAUAUUAUUAACGAUCGAGAUGUUAGAUUUUUUUUUGAUCUGGCGAUGCAGAAUCCUUUUGAAUUAUAUAAAUUAUAUGUUAUUCAAGAGUCUGAUGUUGGUUCAUCUGGUUUGUCUUGUUUAAACAAUUUAAACGCUCCAGAUCUAAAUAUUCCAGUAAAAGAAAGUUUUGAUGUUUUAAACGAUGAGUGUCCAAAUUUAGAAAAAUAUUCUGAAAAAUAUUUAACGUCUCACAACCAAUCAGGUUCUUCAUCUAUAGUGUUCGAGGCCGGUCAUAUAUUCAAUAACAAAGAAGAGAUGAAGCUCGAGUUGGGAAAGAAAUGUUUGUUAGAGCAUUUCGAGUUUAAAGUUGAUAGAUCAUCUAAGACGCGGUAUGAAGUUUCAUGCAGGGGUGAUGGUUGUGAAUGGCGAUUUAAGGCUCAUGCUAUUCCUUGUGGCAAUUUAUGGUUUGUUAAACAUAUGAACGAUAGUCACACCUGUUCGAAGACGCAAACACACCCACAUUUUCGUCAGGCUAACCCAAAGGUUUUGGGUCACUUUUUGAAGGAACAACUAAAAGACAGUGGUAGGAUAUAUCGAGCGAAAGAGAUUGUCAAAGAUUUUAGACAAAGGUUCGAGGUUGAGAUAACAAACCUUCAAGCUUGGCGUGGUAAAAGCUAUGCACUUGAACUACUACAAGGAACUACACGAGACUCUUUUGCGGAACUACCAAUAUAUUGUUACAAUUUGAAACUUGCAAAUCCUGGAAGCGUUACCCACAUCUUGGUUGAUGAGCAGAGUCGUUUUGAAAUGGUUUUUGUUGCUUUAGGGGCGGCGAUUCGUAGCUUUAUGUUUAAUCUGAUACCUGUUGUUAUCAUUGACGCGGCACACCUAAAGGGUGAAUUUAAAGGGACGUUGUUUUUAGCAGUGGGCAUGGAUGGAAAUAAUCAGAUUUUACCCCUUGCUUAUGGCAUUGGAAAAUCAGAGGAUGGUGAAUCUUGGACAUGGUUUCUCUCAAAGCUUAGAGAUUGUGUUGGUGAAAUAGCAGAUAUGGCGAUCAUUUCGGAUAGGGCGAAUUCGAUACAUGUGGGUGUUAGGAAUGUGUUUCCACGUGUGUACCACGACCUGUGUUGUCGUCAUUUAAUGAUGAAUUUACGUUUGCCGUCGUCUAAAAAAAAAGAGUACGAGGCACUAUGGUGGAAGACGUGUAAAUCUUAUCGGAUGUCUGACUUUAACGAGUCAUUUAAUGCUUUGUGUCUUGCUGUUCCUCGAAUACGCCAGGUUUUAACAAAUAUUGGGUUUGGUAGAUGGGCAAGAGCUCAUUGUCCCGGCAAUCGAUACCACUAUAUGACAUCUAAUAGUGCGGAGUCUAUUAACUCUUUGUCUAGAUUCUCGCGUAAGAUGCCGAUAACGCAACUUAUCGAAUUUUUCCGCGAGUCUGUACAAAAAUGGUUUUAUGACCGUCGAUUGCAGGGCAUGCAGGAGAGCCAUUCACUUACUCAGUGGGCACAGAAGAAAAUUUUAAAGAAAAUUGAAGGCUCUAGAACCUGGACUGUUGCAGGCAUCCGGGUAAACAGCUUUGUUGUUGAUGCUGGUGGGAAAAGGGGUGUAGUUGAUCUUUCGAAUCGUUCGUGCAGCUGUCGUGUCUGGCAAGUUUCGGGUUUACCUUGUGGGCAUGUGAUUGCUGUUUCAAGAUUUUUGGGUGAACCUGACUGUAGUCAUUAUGCUUUCUCGUGUUACUCAAACGAAGUAUACAAAAAAACGUAUGAAGAAUCGAUUAAUCCUCUGCCUCAUAGGUCUGAAUGGGUAAUACCAGAAGGCCUUGGCAGUGUAUUACCGCCGAAUAUUACAAAACGUCAAUCAGGUCGUCCAAAAGAAAACAAGCGAAUCUUGUCUCGUGGGGAAGAACCUGUUCCGGUAUAUUGUUCGCGUUGCCGAACAUACGGACAUGUUCGUGACGUUUGUUUAGAUCCAAUGAAAUCACAUAUUCGUUCACAAAAAUCAUCAGGCAAAGGAAAAGAGAAAGAGACAGAAACGCAGAGUUCAACGGAUAACAUUUUUCCAUCUUAUAAUUUAGCAGAAUUUUAA